AUGAUUGGAUUGGUCAAACGGAUUUCUGAUUUAUUAUUUGGAAUUCUGCAGCAGAAAUGGAGUAUGAAAGAAAUAUUUAAGGUAUCAUCAAAUUUCCCGGGACAAUUUAUUUUUGACAUGCGACAACUUAAUCAUUUUGUUUUUCCACCAUCGCUGAAAUGUCGCUUAAGUAUCAUAAAACGUGAGGUACGUCAAUCAUUAGCAAAUGAAAGUGAACGAAUUGAUGAUAGCUUAAUUGAUCGAUGCAUUGAAGUUGGUGUUGGCGCAGUUGGAACUUCCAGUCCUAUUCAAUUAAUUGGUGUCGCAUAUAAUCUUUACAAACAACAACUUGAGUCAAGCGAUCUUGAAAAAGAGCGAGCAGGACGUAAACAUUUUGCUUUAAAAUUUCUUGAUGAAACAGUACCUGAAGCUGAUCGAAUUUUCUGUUAUAUUAUGUAUAAACUGCCUGAUGGAACACCAACGCCAACAAAGAAAAUUCGUGAAGUUGUAAAUGAAACAAAAUGCGCCGAUUUGGAAGAGUGGAAGGAAAAAGCAUAUGCUAGUUUUGCUGCAAUACCACCAGUUAAAAUUGAUGUAAAAAUUGUCCUUCAGGAUCUCUAUAUUGCAUCAUUACGAUCGCUUACUCAUAAUGAUUUUCAUAUGUUGAAAGAGAAGGAUAUUGAUUGUUUGGUGGUUUAUUCGGAAUUUUUGGAUUUCGGGUUUGAUUUGAAAGGAUUACUUCCAUUGUUUGAUGAGGAAACAAUGAUUAUUAUUCAGAAUCCUUCAGUUCUCUCAAUUUCAAUGGAUAUUUUUGCUCGAAUACACAAAUGGCGAUGCAAAGAAUCACGUGUUUGCGUUGCGUGUGAUACAGAUGGUUUAACCAUUUCGGGUUUAAUCGUCGCACGUUACUUAUCACUUUCCACUCAAUGCACUCAUGAAGAUGCAAUUAAAGCUGUCAAAAUUUCUCAUGAAUCUUUUUUUCCACUUCCAUAUGCUCAAGGUGAUUUCCUCAAUGCCGAAUUUGAGGAAGAAGAAGCAGAUCAAUUCGAGCUUCAAGCUCCAUCAUCUGAUUCCAAGAAAAAUUUCGAUCGUUGCAUGCUUCAGAAUUGCAUUCGUGUCUAUGGGAACUGA